GCCAGUACCGAUGCAGGCACUGCAGGAGCCCUGACUCCACAGCACGUGCGCGCGCACUCCUCUCCAGCGUCCCUGCAGCUGGGAGCUGUCUCUCCUGGGACGCUAACCCCCACUGGCGUCGUCUCUGGCCCAGCAGCUACGCCUGCCGCUCAGCACCUUCGCCAGUCUUCUUUCGAGAUACCGGACGACGUGCCUCUGCCCGCAGGCUGGGAGAUGGCCAAGACGUCCUCUGGCCAGAGGUACUUCUUAAAUCACAUCGAUCAGACAACGACAUGGCAGGACCCCAGGAAGGCCAUGCUUUCUCAGAUGAACGUUCCAGCCCCCACCAGCCCACCCGUGCAGCAGAAUUUGAUGAACUCGGCCUCAGGUCCUCUUCCUGAUGGAUGGGAACAAGCCAUGACUCAGGAUGGAGAAAUUUACUAUAUAAACCAUAAGAACAAGACCACUUCUUGGCUAGACCCAAGACUUGACCCUCGUUUUGCCGUGAACCAGAGAAUCAGUCAAAGUGCUCCAGUAAAACAGCCACCUCCUUUGGCUCCCCAGAGCCCACAGGGAGGUGUUAUGGGUGGUAGCAGCUCCAACCAGCAGCAGCAGAUGCGUCUCCAACAGCUGCAGAUGGAGAAGGAAAGGCUUCGGCUGAAACAGCAAGAGCUGCUUCGGCAGGCAAUGCGGAAUAUCAAUCCCAGCACAGCAAAUUCUCCAAAAUGUCAGGAAUUAGCUCUCCGUAGCCAGUUGCCAACCCUGGAGCAGGAUGGUGGGACUCAGAACCCAGUGUCUUCCCCCGGCAUGUCUCAGGAAUUAAGAACAAUGACGACCAACAGCUCAGAUCCCUUCCUUAACAGUGGCACCUAUCACUCUCGGGAUGAAAGCACAGACAGCGGGCUAAGCAUGAGCAGCUACAGUGUCCCUCGGACGCCGGAUGACUUCCUCAACAGUGUGGACGAGAUGGACACAGGUGAUACUAUCAACCAAAGCACCCUGCCCUCGCAGCAGAGCCGCUUCCCAGACUACCUUGAAGCCAUUCCCGGAACCAAUGUGGACCUUGGAACACUGGAAGGAGAUGGGAUGAACAUAGAGGGAGAGGAGCUGAUGCCCAGUCUGCAGGAGGCUUUGAGUUCCGACAUCCUUAAUGACAUGGAGUCUGUCCUGGCUGCCACCAAGCUAGACAAAGAAAGCUUUCUUACAUGGUUAUAGAGCCCUCAGGUAGACUGAACUCUAAAUCUGUGAAGGAUCUAAGGAGAUAAGACAUGUGUGCCUGAAAUUUCCAAAUAAGCCCGUUACGUUUUUCUGGCUAAUACAGAAAAAGAUGAACAAACGUCCAGCAAGAUCCUUUCAUCCAUUACUUUGCUCUUCCUUGUCCGUUGCUGCUGUUAAUGUAUUGCUGACCUCUUUCACAGCUGGCCCUAGAGAGUCAAAAAAAGUUUUUUGUUUCUUUUGCUAUUGUAACUACUGUUCGUUUGCGGGCUGGGGAAUGAGCCUGUUUGGAUGAUGGAUGUCAUUCCUUUUGCCCAGUUAGGUGUUCACUGAUCAUAACUAUUUAGACUUGGAAGUCAGAAUGCUUCAUGUCACAACAUUUAGUUCAUUCAAGUAGUUGUUCUUCAGCUGCCUUUGGUCAGUGGCAAACAUGCCUUCUGGUCUGACAAGCCAAAAAUGUUGUACCUGAUACGAAAUACUUAACGCCGAUUUGAAGAGAGAGCUUAAACCAAGGCUGAGGACUGUUUUACUUUCAGUGUUUUUUUUUUUUUUUUUUCCUUAGUGCUAUCAUUAGUCACAUAGUGACCUUGAUUUUAUUUUAGAAGCUUGUAAGGCAUGAGUCAAUUUCCAUAGAAAUAUAUUAAUUAUUGCCACAUACUCUAGUAUAGGUUUGGGUGGAUAUUUUUGUGGGUGUUUUAUUUUUUGUUCGGUUCUUUUGGGGGGGUUUCAGAACUUACGCAAAUUACUAUAUUAGUGAAUCUGUUUAUAAUUGUAGCUUGAGGAGGUUAUUGUAGUUUCAUGAAACCUAUAUUUCCUGAUUUUUGCCAUCUUAUUUAAAUCUUGAUUGUCUGCUUUUUCUAUAUAUUCACACACUUAUAAUGUUUAUAAUAGUGUGAUAGCAGAAUGUAUCUGUUUUUAGGUUUCCCUACUUUCCAAUUUAUUUUUUAAGUGGUAGCUUUGAAUGUACGCAUUUAGAAUACAUGGCUAGUAGUUUAUAUUUCACAAGUAGUUUACUUCAGGUUAGGGAAAUCUACAAAUGUUUGAGAUAGUUCAGUAUUCUAGAAAAGGUAUCACUAUGGACAGUGCCUGGAGUACGCUGUACUCGCUAGACAGGUGAUAGAUACUAUCUGAUGAACUGAAAAGGGGCAACAAAGAAAUGGCUUAAUCUCCCCUUGGACUAAUCUGAAUCUUUAUGGGAAAUUACUGAGUAGGUUUGAAAUGUACAUGGCAGAAGUAAGCUUUAUAGUGGUUUACCUUCCCUUAGCUCUAGAAGUUUACCUUCACCUUAGUUUUGGAAGUAAAUUCUAGGACUUUAGUUCUCAUUUGUAAUGAACACAGUAAAUACUAAUAGGUUGAAAUAAGAUUUUAUAAGAUUUGCUCCUACUUUUGUAUGCUGAAAAUUGACCCUGGGUAGUAUGUAGAAUACUGUAAGGUCAUGAAUUAGCUGGUAAAGUGAUCAGAUUAAUAAAUGUAUAUUGGUAGCUGAAUUUAGCAAAGAAAUAGAGAUAAUCAUGAUUAUGCCUUUAUUUUUACAGGAAGAGAUAUAACUAGAGUAUGUGUCUACAGAAGUAAUAAUGGCUUCCAAAGAGUAUUUUUUAAAAGGAACAAAAUGAGUAUGAAUUAACUCUUCAAUAUAAGCUAUGAAGUAGUAGUUGGUUGUGAAUUAUAGUGGCACCAGCUAGCCCCUCUGUGAUUUAAAGGUCUUUUCAGUGCUUCUAAAAUAAGCCCUUAUUUUCAAGGGUUUAUAAAGGACAAAUUCUCCUUUCCUGGCUAAAGCUGCUAUGAAAAGCCUCAGCUUGGGAAGAUAGGGUUUUUGGGUUUUGGGCUUUGGGUUAUGGGUUUUUUUUUCCAGUUACAAAAUCUAAGUAUUUUGACCCUUCAGUUUGGAGGAGUGCAAAAGUGGAAGAAAGAAGUUUUAUUUUAAAUACUUUCAGUGCUCAAAAAUAAUGCAAUCACUGUAUUGUAUAUAAUGAUUCAUAAACUGAUGGUUUAUCAUAAUUGACUACAGAAUUUAUUUUAAAAACAGCAAAAAGAUUCGAUCUUGAGUUAAGUCUGGGGGGAUAUGGCCACUGUGCAGAUGCAUUGAGUCGUGGAACAAUAAUGAAAUUCUACCUGGAAUGCAAAAUUGAGCGUAUGGAUGAUGCAGAAUGUUGUGGGGGUUGCUCAUGUGCAGAAGAUCAAAGCUACUUAGGAGAGCCUGCGGUUUGCCAGUGAGAUACGCAUUAAGAUCACAUCUUAUAUAUAUCAGCGGAGUAGCGUUAGGUUAGCGGGAGGGUGGGAAGGUGGGUGUGGGUCGUGCAGAGUUAGUGGGACCUUGAUAGAAAACUUUAUAAAUUUCUUUCUCUUUAGUAGAGACUUGUCUUGCAUCUUGCCGUCAUUAAGGACAGUUGUUCCUAAAAUUUCAAUCACUUAAAUACACCCACAGAGCGGGAAUACGUAGUCUUCAUUUCCCCUGGACUCACUGCUCAGUCACCCCGCAGGGCUGCAGCAGCCUCUGUUCCUGACACGGGCUUCGAUCUUGUCCUUUGUACAGAACUGAAGGCGACUAAGAGUCCUUCCUCCUCCUGAGUGUGAACCACAGCCUUCGUGUGGUCUCUCUUGCUUUGUGUCCUUUCUCCUAAUGUAAAAGUGUUUUAAUGCUUCUUGGUUGUAUUGGGUAGCAUGGGGAUAAGAUUUUAACUGGUUAUUCUUGAAUUGCUUUUACAAUAAACCAAUUUUAUAAUCUUUAAAUUCA